GACCCACCAGUAUUCACGUCAAUCUGAUGCUCUGGUAUGUGAAAAUCCGACGGGUUAUAUAUGUGCGAGUUGUCCUCUCUCACAGUAUAGACUGGGACCACUGCUUACUCCAUCGUAUCGCAUGACGAAGACAGAGAGGUUCCCAGAAUAAAUAUGGUGCUCCUUCUGAUCUUCCUUGCCUUCUUGGCAACAUCUGUUCGUGAGGCAACAACUGAUUUUGAAGCACCGUGUGUAUGCUCUAGUAGCAGAUACAGUUCUCCACCAAUCCGGACCGGUCCGGGAAGGAGGCAUCCGAUUCUUGGCAACCUUUGGGGAGGACUCUGUAUCCCCUUUGAAGGCGAUCGGACAUCGACCUGGUUGCAUGUCAAUUUCAACGGCAGGAGAGAUUCCUGGGUCUCGGAGUUCGAUGUGGAUAUCACCCCAUGCUGGUAUCAGUCCGAUGCUUCCGGCACCACAGGUAGUACCAGCUUUGACUGUCCCCGCAUUAUUAGCAGAGAAGAGUGGGGUGCUAGAUCUCCAAGUUCUAUCACCAAUCUUACCGCGGCUGCGAGAUACGCAUUUAUUCAUCAUGGAGAGAGUAGGACCUGCUCCGGUCAAAGCUCCUGCUCCGCCAUUGUCAGGAGCUAUCAGAACUACCAUAUGGACACCAACGGCUGGACCGACAUCGGCUUCAACUUCCUCAUCGGCGAGGACGGCAACGUCUACGAGGGUCGAGGCUGGGACAGGGAACCAGCUUACACCCGGGGAUACGACAGUGACAGUUUGGGUUUCUGCAUGAUUGGUAACUUUACGACGCACGUCCCCAACAGUGCGGCCCUCAACACCCUCAAGGACCUCAUUGCUUGCGGCGUCAACAUGGGCAAGAUUCGGUGCAGCUACAUCCUCAGAGGCCACCGCGACAUGGGCAACACCGACUGUCCCUGGACAGCCCUGUACAACCUCAUCAGAACAUGGCCACACUAUUGAAAUGUUCAUUUCGUAAGGAAUAAAAUGACAAUCAUAAUAUUAUUUUGAAUAAGGACAAUCAUACACAACUAUUUCUGUUUCCACAACCCUCCUCAUCAGUGAUCCUGUUGGUUGAUUAAUUCACUAUACAUAAUAGCAAAGAAUGCAUAAGAAUCGAUUGGGAAGCUGUUACGGAACAUAAGAAUUAAUUACGAAUGGAUUACAAUACAGCCACGAAAUUGCAAUUCGGGGACCCUUCCACAAACAAAACCUUUCUCGCCGAACUCCCCCGAACUGUACGAAUGUUUGGGAAUGAAGAAAAAGAUUCAUUUAAGAACUUCAAGAAAUGAUUGAGAUUUAUCUAAGAACAUGACAAAUUUCCGAUUCGGUGUGAUUCGUGAUAUUCGUGGUGUAGUGAAAUGGGGGCAUAAUUAAGUGAGUGAUCUUUUCUUGCUGGCCUACGCGACCGGAAACUAGCUUUUAUUCCCUUUGUGACUUGCACGAUCCGGAACCUAGACUCAAUGAUAUUUUCCUGUUGACCUGCAUGAUCAGAAACUAGUAGUCAUAUUGCCCCUGGACUACCGGAAACUAGUGAUCAUUUCCUUUUGAAUUGCACGACCACAAGAAUGUAUUAUGAUUUCCUGUUGCCCUGAUCACAUGAACAGCCGGAAACUGGUGUUCAUUUUGCCCCCCACGACUGGAAACUAAUGACCAUUAACUCUGGUCCUGCACGGCCGGUAACUAGGGAUCAUGUCCUGUUGUCCUGCACUACCGGAAAGUGGUAGUUACAUCCUGUUGUCGUGCACGACGAAAAUGCCCAGGAAACAUUCUUCAAGGUCAAGGUCAUGUUCACGCUCUGCGAUCAUUUUCUUUUGUCACACAAGUUAGGAAAGAAGCAAUGAAUGUAUUAUAAUAAUAAUCAUUAUAUUGUCAUGCACUAUGAAAUUUCGUGAUCAUUUCCGGUUGACCAACACCACCGGAAACUAAGGUAUAGUUUCUGUUGCUGAGCACAACCGAAAAUUAAUAACCGUUAAUUAGUUUCCUUUUUCCCUUUACGACAAGAAACUAGUAAUCACUUCCUGUUGCUCUGUACUACCGGAAGUUGCCAUGAAACAUCCUUUUAGGUCAAGGUCGUAUUCAUGCUCUCUUACUGAUGGUGUGAAAUAUCUUCUUCACCCCCCAUGCCUUGUCAUGAUGCCACCCCCAAACUAAAAACAACGAUAAA